CCGACUGGCCUUAUUGCCGGUGUGAGAGACUGGCUGACGUCACGCGGGUCAUAUGACCAAAAGCAGUAGCACUAGCAGCAAUAGCAGCCACCGCCGCCGCCUCGGAGUUGUGCAGCCUUUUGGGUUCCGGGAGUUGAAAGAUCACGAGGGCUGAGGCGGUGGUAUCGCUCCUACCUCACAGCCGGAUUGUGGCACCAUGCUCGCCCUCAUCAACAAACUUCUGGACUGGUUCAAGUCGCUGUUUUGGAAGGAAGAAAUGGAGCUAACACUGGUGGGACUGCAGUACUCUGGGAAGACUACCUUCGUCAACGUCAUAGCGUCUGGUCAGUUCACAGAAGACAUGAUUCCAACAGUUGGAUUCAAUAUGCGAAAAGUAACCAAAGGAAAUGUUACCAUCAAGGUUUGGGACAUUGGAGGCCAGCCAAGAUUUCGUAGCAUGUGGGAACGUUACUGUAGAGGUGUUAAUGCAGUUGUGUAUAUGGUUGAUGCAGCAGACUUGGAUAAAGUGGAAGCAUCUAAAUAUGAACUGCACAACUUACUAGACAAACCACAGUUGCAUGGAAUCCCUGUUUUAGUACUUGGAAACAAGAGAGAUCUUCCGAACGCAUUGGAUGAAAAACAGCUCAUUGAAAAACUACAUAACAUUGCAGUGGCUUAUUCAGCAUUCCAAGUCAAGACAUUACUAAGAAUGCACUGUUGAAUCUUCUUUCCCAGUCUCAUUCGAUUCUGCCUAUCAUAUGCUGGCAGUUAAGGGAAUGAAGAAAGUCACUACCCGGAUUCAUAUUUUUGUUGAUGCCAUUUAUGCAAACUGCCAGUUUUGAUUUCCCUUUUUUUUUCAUUUGGAAAUCAUAGGUUGGUGGUACAUCUUUUAAAACUGUAUUUCAAGACCUUUAUAUUGCAUCCCAAAGUAAAGAUCAUAUGAGGUUCCCCUAAAUGGUUAUCCCUCUGUGAAAAGGUCUUGUGCGGUACAGACUGUUUUUCUCUCAUUACAGAAAGCCACCUAAUUUCUUUUGAGUGGAUUAUAAUAAUAUAUCAUUUUCCCUGUACAAACAGAUUGAAAGCAGUAUACUCUAGUCUGCUCCCCAUUUACUAUAUACCAAAUCUACUUUUUAAAAUCCUGUUAAAAACAUAUUGAGGUAUAAAAAUAAUGUUUAGCUGAAUUAUUCCAUAAAAACUUGAACGUGUACAUAUUUUGUCUUCUAUAUUUUUAGUUCAUUUUCUGUAAAUAUAAGAACAAGCUGUCCAUAUAUUUUGCAUCGAAUGUAUUCCUUACAUAAUGUUGUUGGUUUUCCGAAGGUAUUAUCUUAAUGUAUCAAUAUAUUUGCAGUCAUUUUUUCUUUUAAUUAACUUUACAAUUGGUAAGCAGAUUAUGGGAACUUCCAUCUCAUUCAGGUUUUUUUUUGGUCAUUCUCACUUAAUUUAAUCUUUUAAGAUGCUUUUUAAGUAAAGUGUGAAAUCUAUAAUUUUUGACCCAUGGCACUUUAUGGUAAGCCUUUAAUUUCUCUAGUAUAAAAAUAUUUGUCAGAUAAUUUUUUUUUUAAUUUCCUAAAGUACACAUAUAAUCCAUUAUCCUACUACAGAGAUGGGGGAAGUCUUUAGUGUAAAGAACAGCUAGUAGGUUCCAUAAAACAGACAACUGAAAAGGUUUAGCCAUGCUGUUUUAUCAAAUUUGAAAAGCACUUAAAAUGGUUCUGUAUGCUAUACAAAAUUACACUGAGGUUAUAGUAAAACUCUCAAGUAUUUUGGACUGCCUUAAAAAAAAAAAAAACACAACGGGAAUAAAUCUUAAAAAGGUCACAUUAGUAACUUCUUACAUGGGAUACAUGGUUCCUCCAAGUGAGAGGAAAUGGACAGUCUGACCCCCUUCCCUUUAGGCACGCAGAAACAUUCAAAUCCUCCGCUUUCAUGUUGAAAGUGGGGGAUUCUUGGACUUUAAAGGGGUCUAAACUCCCAAUUUUACCGCUCCAUUUUAAAGUGGGUUAAGAUAUUAACAGUUUUGUACUACUAGGCAGGUUUCAGCUCAACAGCUCUCUGUGAAGGCCCAGAGUGUCAGCCAUCCUGUCUGUGCACUUCCUGUUUAUAGUUAACACUUGGGUUGCUGAAUUCCAAUUGAGCCAGAAGCUUGAUAUUUGCAGUAUAAAAAUGCUGAUAUCUCAGAAAUGUUAAAUAUAUUAUCAAUUACAUCUGUUCUUUUUUUGGGUUUGGAUCCCCUUUAAAUCUCUCUGCUCACUGUGCCGAAAGUGUUAGGAUUUUACAUCUCAGAAUCCAACACUUCAACAAUGAAAAGAUGAGAGAGAGGUUGACUCUUUUUUUUGUUUAGAUAAAUGCUUACUCACGCCUGCUCAAAAUCUUUUACCACUGUUAUGAAAGCACUUUACAGCCCAUUACUAUGCAUUUUAUAUGGAAGUAGAAAUUGUGCUUAUUUACGCUAGUAUACUUCUUAAAUAGGGCUUUUUUUUACCUGUUGAUGUUGCUGGCGGUGUGAGUUCUGCAUAAAGGCUUUGUCUAGCAACAACUACUAAUUACUGUUAGCACACGCCAAACCUUUAUUCUCCGUUUAUAAAUUAUGAAGUAUAUCUGAAGGAUAAUUGCCACAUGGCUGAAGACUUUGCUUUUGCAGUUAUUAAUAAAUUAAACAUUGCCCUGAAGUCACAACUGUUACUGUUUGGAUUUUGUCAUUGUUCCCAAGCAGCCAUAUUCUGCUUUUUGAGGAGAUCACUGAUGACCGUAACUGGUUUCCUUGUUCUUUUAGAGUGGUCAAAGCCCUCAUCCCCUUCAUUUUGCUUUUUUUCUCUUUUCUGUAACCGCAUCAUAUGAGGUGAUGCUACAGAGAGUUAAAGUGGUUAACCGUAUAGAAUGGCAAAAUUACACAUUUUAUUGAACAGCAUGACAUUAUUCAUCAUUGCCCUGGUCAUAAUUAAUGCAUUAUUUUUAAUGAAAUCUGUACGAUAAAAAAUGGCCUUAUUGUGUGAUACAUGAUCUAUUGGGAACGUAUUCCACUUAACAUUGUAAGCUUUACAAAUAUAUAAAAUGUUGUUUUUUCUAUGCAUAAGUCUAUGUAAAAACAUUGCAAUAAAACAGAAAAGAACAUG